AAGCAUUAGUCACAAGAGACGCUGCAAUGUUUCGCUAAAUGCAAUCGUUACUUUCAUGCAUCCACAGUCGCCUUGACGAUUAUUCCCCGGACUUCCAGCGAGCGCUGGGUUAGAGGGAGCCGCGCACAAGCCUGGUCGCGUGCGUCUCCGCAGUUUCGGCGCCUCCAUGGCUAGGCCGAAGGUCGUUUCCGAGAAUGACCCAUGUUGGCAGGAUGUCGACAGGGCCUUGGGCCAGUUGAUGAUGGUCGGCUUUGAAGGCACGACAGUCACGCCCCAGAUACGCCAGCUGAUUGAGCAGUAUCACAUCGGCUCCAUCUUAUUGGUAGCAAAGAACUUGAAAUCCGCCGAGGAGACAACCCAACUGAUAUACGACUUGCAAAAGGUUGCCUUUGAUGCUGGUCACCCUGUGCCUCUAACGAUAGGUCUUGAUCAAGAAAAUGGAGGGGUUAACAGCCUUUUCGACGAAAUCUACAUCCGACAGUAUCCCAGUGCCAUGGGCGUUGCGGCUACUGGAUCGAAGGAGCUUGCCUUUGAAGUAGCUAAAGCCACCGCAGAAGAGAUCGCUGCGUGUGGUGUCAACCUAAUAAUGGGUCCGUGUUUAGACGUCUUGACGAAUGCACGUAACCAGCCGCUGGGCGUGAGAACUACCGGGGACGAUCCUCAAGAGGUUUCCGACUACGGAAUCGCAUUCAUGAAGGGCUACAAGGAAGCUGGAGUUGCCACCAUGGGCAAGCACUUCCCAUCCUAUGGAAACCUGGAGUUCCUGGGUUCGGCGCUGGAUGUACCAAUCAUCACGGAAUCAUUGGAGCAGCUUAGCCUAAGCGCACUUAUUCCAUUCAGGAACGCCAUCUAUCACGGUAUCGAUGCCAUGAUGGUUGGCGGUUGUGCUAUGUCUUCGGCAGGAUUGGAGAUCAUGCACGCUUGCUUGAGUGAUCAAGUUGUUGACGGCUUAUUACGCAAAGAUUUGCGCUUCGAUGGUGUCGUGAUAUCGGAAUGUCUCGAAAUGGAAGCCCUUAGUCAUAACAUUGGUGUUGGUGGAGGAACGGUCAUGGCUGUCAACGCAGGAUGCGAUCUUGUUCUGCUUUGCAGAUCAUUCCAACACCAACGGGAUGCUUUCGCAGGGUUGAAAUCCGGGAUUGAAAGCUAUUCAAUCACCAUGGACAGGAUAAAACGCUCCCUCAAACGAGUUUUAACAAUGAAGGCAAAGACUACUUCCUGGGAAAAGGCGCUAAAUCCUCCGGGGAUCAGCUACUUGUCGACUUUGCAGCCAUCUCACACAAGUCUGUCGACUAAAGCCUAUAAUAGCUCGAUCACUGUCGUGCGAGACCGUGAUGAUCUACUUCCACUGAGCAAUAUCAUUGAGCCAGAAGAGGAGCUGCUCUUAUUAACCCCCCUAGUUAAGCCGCUUGCUGCCUCUGCAGCUGCCAGAGCGGUAAUCGAAAGUAUGGAAGCUCACUCCCCCGAACCGGCAGCAUGGGAACGAAGCUCAUCAGUAAUGAGUGGCGAGCGCGUGUUUCGCGAAUUGGGCAGAAGCCUAGCCCGUCGUAGGAACGGCAAAGUCUCGCACACAUCUUACACAGCAAACGGCCUCAGGCCAAUUCAUGAGAACCUAAUCAACCGGGCCAGUGCGGUCAUUGUUGUAACGGCCGACGCGAAUCGGAAUAUCUACCAGCAAGGUUUCACGAAGCAUGUGAGCUUGGUUUGCAACAUGCAGUACUCCGCAGGGGGGGACAAGAAGAGCAAGCCCCUCAUCGUUGUUGCUUGUAGCUCGCCAUACGAUUUUGCGCUCGACAUGUCGAUUGGAACAUACAUUUGCACGUAUGACUUUACCGAGACUGCACUCAAUUCGCUGGUCAAAGUCCUGUACGGCGACAUUGUCUCAACGGGAAGUCUGCCUGGGAGUAUCAGUCAAAACCAGAAGCUAGUACCGUCAAGGCAGCAUUGGCUCGUUGAAACGUACAAUGAAGAACGAGAUGCACAUGCCUUGGAUGCGCUGAUUAGAGCUGUGAGCAAAGACUGUCCCCCCGGCCAGAGGUCCGAAUUGUCAGGCGCAACAUCGACGUCAGUUUCCUUGCAUCAUCCGGAAGUCCUGGAGGCUCAUUUCGUGGUUCGAAACAGUAGUACGCAUGCCCUAUAUGGAUUUUGCGCCACGUACUUUUUCAAGAACACGGGAACGGGCGUGAUCGGGUCUCUUUUUGUUGAUCCUAGCCGGCGCAAGCUCUCGAUCGGGAGGUCCCUUCAUCACCGAGCGAUUCGUACGUUGCUUCAACGAGAAGGCGCCAAACGCUUCCAGCUCGGUUCGCGGCUACCCAGCAUCUAUUUAGGAAUACCGUCCGGACAUGGAAUGGACAGAAGGCGGCUCCGCAGCUGGUUUGCCAACCUGGGCUGGAAUACUGCUCUGAGUAGGCCGGUGUGCAGUAUGGUCGCUCGCAAUUUGGGGGAGUGGAGUGCUCCGGAUGGUAUGGCGAAGAGCUUGCAGAGUGCAGGGGCAGAAUUUGAUCUGGUCUACGGUUGGGAUUACUCGGGCCCCAUUCUGGAACACAUUAAAACAAGCAAUCGGCAGGGUCUGGCCGAAGUGUACAAGCUUGCGCUCAACGAUCCCACGGCGUGCGGCAUCAUUCGAGCGAAAAGACCACAGGACGGUGCACUGCUGGGCACUGUCGUGCUGUACAACACUCAUUCUCAGAUUGCAGAAUUCGUGCCAGCCUUGAAGGAUUUGAACGAGGUGGCUGGAGGCAUCUCGAGCCCAGUAAUUAGCCCAUCUGCAGGCGACUACAGCACGUUGCUGCAGGGCCUGAUUUUGCUCGGCGUCCGGCAGAUCAAGCAGCAAGGCUGUACGGCAUGCAUCCUAGAUUAUAUUGACGGAGACGGCAAUUUCGACGGGCUGUCGGCGAUGGGCUUUGACGUUCUGCACAACUUCGAGGAAACAGCGUGCGAUGCGAUGACAUGGGCACAGGCUGCACAACUGCCCGCGAGUUAGGCGUAUUUUCCCAAAUGACGGACAGAUUGACACACAGAGGGCAGGCGUUACCGCGGGUCGAAAAUGACUGGCUAUACCCGUUCGCUGGUCAGGGCGUGUUCAUUGUGCAUUUCCUUUUUUCUUUGGGCGCGGGGAAACAGCAUCAUCUCGUUUAUCGAAGCGUUUGUGGCUGAUGCCAUUGCUGGUGCGGACGUGUGCUCGGGUGAAGGGCGCGAGCGUGUUUGAUAUGUAUCAAGUCGGUGCAAGGGCGAGCGUCCAACCUCGUACGGGAAAGGGAAAGGGGAAGGCUCAAAGGGG